ACUUUUGUUCCUUAAACGGCUCUUUUAAGAGCCACCCAUAUUUUCCUUUAAAGAGCAGGAAUUCCUCUUCAGUCAAGCUUUAUGGAAUUAAUGCAAUACACGUUAGAAACAUACAAUAGUGUGGAUACACAUAUCUGCUACAUAUCAUGUACACAUAGCCACAGGCAUCUACUCAGUAUUUGCAUUAAACGAAUUCCCAAUUCUCUCAUGCCGUCAAAUGAUCCUCUACUGGCUGAUGCUGAUUUUAGUACAGUAGAAUAGAAUCCUGAUCGUGAUUCCUAAACGUCAUUCCUGAUCUCCAAAACGAUCACAGAAUAUGUAGGGAUAACAUACUGAUACAUAAUAAAUCAAUGUUAAUGAUAAGAAUAAAUAAAUUCAAUAUACAGUUGUUACUUUGUGCUUUUGUAUGAAUAUUCCCUUCUGUCUAUUUUCAUGCGCUCUCUCUCUCUCACACACACACAAACAGGGGUGGGAGGGGCGACGCUGGAAUCCGACGACCUGCUUGUGAUUGGCUAAUGUGCCACUGAGUUCUUAGCGAAUAAGAGAGUGGCCGUUUUGUCUAUAUCAGGGAGAGCUCGGGGAGUAAUAUUUAUUUCAGAGUUGUUGUUAGAACAGAUCUGAGCAUCAAGAUGAGUGGCAGAGGAAAAACCGGCGGAAAGGCUAGGGCUAAGGCCAAGACUCGUUCAUCCAGGGCUGGACUUCAGUUUCCCGUGGGGCGUGUGCAUAGGCUUCUGCGUAAAGGCAACUAUGCCGAGCGCGUCGGUGCCGGCGCCCCGGUCUAUCUAGCCGCCGUGUUGGAGUAUCUGACCGCUGAGAUUCUGGAGUUGGCCGGUAACGCUGCCCGUGACAACAAGAAGACUCGUAUUAUUCCUCGCCACUUGCAGCUCGCCGUCCGUAACGACGAGGAGCUGAACAAACUGCUCGGCGGAGUGACCAUCGCUCAGGGUGGUGUGCUACCUAACAUUCAGGCCGUGCUCUUGCCCAAAAAGACCGAGAAGGCUGUCAAGACCAAGUAAACUCAUCCACUACUGUUUUCUCAGUACCCAAAGGCUCUUUUAAGAGCCACCCAUCUCUGCUUCAAAAGUGCAAUUUUUACACCCGUUUUUCUACUG